UUUGCGGCGCUUUCCGCGGGGAAACUGUGUAAUGAGUGGGGAAACUUAAAAGUUGGAGGCUGCAGACCCGGUAUUGGAAAGUUUCAUGUGGGGUGCCAUUGUGGGGAAGUGGGGUUCGCUCAUUAUUUCCUGCUCACACCCUAGGCCCGUGGGUGUCGAUAUUAGCGGUAUUCGCCUUCGGGUGCUGGGCAUGCUCCGUUAAGACGGUCGGGAUCUUCACUAAGAACCCCGCCGCGAAUCGGGCAUGGGCAGCAAGAAACUAAAACGAGUUGGUUUAUCACAAGAGCUGUGUGACCGUCUGAGUAGACAUCAGAUUCUUACCUGUCAGGACUUCUUAUGUCUUUCCCCACUGGAGCUUAUGAAGGUGACUGGUCUGAGUUAUCGAGGUGUCUGUGAACUUCUAUGUAUGGUCAGCAGGGCCUGUGCCCCAAAGAUGCGAACGGCUUAUGGGAUAAAAGCACAAAGGUCUGCUGAUUUCUCACCAGCAUUCUUAUCUACUACCCUUUCUGCUUUGGAUGAAGCCUUGCAUGGUGGUGUGGCUUGUGGAUCCCUCACAGAGAUAACAGGUCCACCAGGUUGUGGAAAAACUCAGUUUUGUAUAAUGAUGAGCAUUUUAGCUACAUUACCCACCAACAUGGGAGGAUUAGAAGGAGCUGUGGUGUACAUUGACACAGAGUCAGCAUUUAGUGCUGAAAGACUGGUUGAGAUAGCAGAAUCCCGUUUUCCCAGAUAUUUUAACACUGAAGAAAAAUUACUUUUGACAAGUAGUAAAGUUCAUCUUUAUCGGGAGCUCACCUGUGAUGAAGUUCUACAAAGGAUUGAAUCUUUGGAAGAAGAAAUUAUCUCAAAAGGAAUUAAACUUGUGAUUAUUGACUCUGUUGCUUCUGUGGUUAGAAAGGAAUUUGAUACACAACUUCCAGGCAAUCUCAAAGAAAGAAACAAAUUCUUGGCAAGAGAAGCAUCCUCCUUGAAGUAUUUGGCUGAGGAGUUUUCAAUCCCAGUUAUCUUGACGAAUCAGAUUACAACCCAUCUGAGUGGAGCCCUGGCUUCUCAGGCAGACCUGGUGUCUCCAGCUGAUGAUUUGUCCCUGUCUGAAGAUUCUCAUUGCCAAGUCCCCACUGGCUCCUUUCACCUCAUUUGUCUACACCAUCAAGGAGGAAGGCCUGGUUCUUCAAGCCUGUGGAAAUUCCUAGAGACAGAAAAAUGUGCAAACCUGUUCAUCUUGCUGAGAAAAAUCCGCUUUACCACCACAGAGCAAAAUGUUGGGAAACAGUCUGGUGGUGAAGGUGUUCUCACCCACACCCAUUGUUCUCUGCUAAAUGUUUGUUUGCUACGUGUAGACUCAGCUUUAGUCAUGGAAUUUUAGAGGAUGUGUCUCAGAAGUGGGAUCAAGACAAGCCCAACAGUAAUCUGCACCAUACGCUGAUCUGAAACUAUGGCACCGACAAUGGGCACACAGGUCUAACCAGGAAGGGAACAGGAAAUGGGAAUGAGAGCCGGGGUUGGGUUGUGUGUGUGGAACACACAGGUAUUUUUUUUUUUAACUCUCUCUUUUUAAAACAUUUCAUUUUUGUGGAGGUGAAAUUUAUAUAAGACAAAAUUAACCACUUUUAAGGAAACAAUUCCAUGGCAAGUAGAUUUCAUCAUGAUGUGCAACCAGCAGCUCUGUCUAGUCCCAAAUGUUUUCAUCACCCCAAAAGCAAGACCCAUAACCAUUACGCAAAUGUUCCCCAUUUCCCCCUCCUCCCAGCUCCUGAAAACCUGCCAAUCUGCCUUGUCACUGGAUUUACCUCUUCUGGAUAUUUCAUAUAAAUAGAAUCAUAUAGUAUGUGA